AUGGACGAUGAGCCCGGCAUCAACGAGCUCCUCCGGUUGGAGAAGGAGUUACAAGGUAAUGCACCAUCUGUUUGGGACAAACUUUUCGAGUGCGUCUCAAUCAGGGAAAAGCCGUCUCUCGAGCGGGACGCGAAGGUCAACCUGCUGAAAUUCCUUCAAGUCAAAACGGUGGACAAGUACAAACGAGCGUACGACAACUUGUACUAUGAGCUUAACAAACAGGGGGGCCUGGAGUGUCUUCGGAGAAUAGAGCCAGCCCCUGCAAAGUCCGCCCUAUUGCAGCCCAUUGUCUUGGAGGAACAGAGCUGUGAUGCAGACGAAGAACUUUCAAGUCAGCUGCAGUUCUACCGUAAAGGCGCCGAAUGUGCAAAGGAGCAACUGGAUGGGCUGGUGCAGGAGGUGAUCAACGGCCGCGAGGGAUGCGAAGGUGUCUAUCCCAAGAUUAAGACACUCGAAAGCACAAAACGCAAGGCCGUCAGGUUCUAUGGUGGAAACGUCCGACGAGUGGCAGACAUGGCUCGGGCGGCCGUGAUCUGCAACACACCUGAGGAUCUCGAGACUGCGUACAUUGGGCUCAUGGCGCGCAUUCAGCCACAUGACGUGAAAAGGGUGAGCAACGGCUUCGACGCUGAUUGGAUGCCUAAUGGAUAUCGCGACGUCAAAGUGAAUCUCGUUGUCAACGGGCAUCUUUGCGAGAUCCAGUUGCAACUACGGAGCUUUUUCAACUUGAAGGCCGGCCAACAUGUGGUUUACAAAUGGGCGCGGCGGCUCAAAGUAACCACGGAGACGGAGGCUAAUCAUCUUAUCAAGACACUGUCCCAUGAGGUCACACAGGAGAUGAUCCGCCUUGCUGAACAAAACUGGCGUGGUACUGGGGAAUACCUACCGCACAUACAGCUCGAUGCAGCACAGUACGGCCAAGCUGAGGAGGCCUUCAGACAGCGGCUUUGCCAGGCGGAGGAUGAGCGACGGGGUAUUGAGGACCAAACGAGCAACGAAUGGAGAGAAAAUCUGCAAGAUGAAGCUUGGGCCAGAAACAACCUCGGUUUUACUUUGGAACGGCAGGGUAAAAACGACGAAGCCGAAGCUCUCUACAGGCGGUCAAUCGCCAUCGAUGAGAAAGUCUACGGUUCUAACCAUCCGGAGAUCGCAACAGACCUCAACAACUUGGCGUGCUUUUUGAAAAACCAGGGCAAGCACGAUGAAGCGGAGCCACUGUUUGAGAGGUCGCAGGCCAUUCGAGAAAAGGCUCUCGGUCGAGAACAUCCAGAUGUGGCCACAUCCCUCAACAACCGGGCAUCACUUAUGGAGCUCCAGGCAAGACGAUUCCCGACGGGUGCAUUCCUUCGCGUGGUUGAGCAAUUCAAACUUCUUCAUCCCUCCUCUCGAACCAUAACCGUAUCACAGGGCAAGUAUUCCGAGGCCAAAACCUUUUACGAGCGCUCGCUGGCCAUCGACAAGAGGGUGUAUGGUGCUGACCACCCUCAAGUUGCGACGACCCUCAACAACCUGGCGGGACUAUUGGAAACUCAGGUGGGACACACUUUCCAGAUGCCAUCUGCCCUUGAAAUGUUGACUGUGAACUCUAGCAUGGCAACGACCUUCAAAUGUUCCGGCGAGUUCGCUGCGGCCUUGUCGCUGUACGAGACAUCGCAUGCCAUACGAAAGGCGACCCUUGGCCCGGACCAUCCGGACGUGGCCCAGUCGCUCAACAACCGGGCGGGCAUAUUCCUCCAACAGGGCAAGUAUUCCGAGGCCAAACGCCUUGUCGAGCGUUCGCUCGCCAUCGACGAAAAGGUAUUCGGGCCUGACCACCCGGAGGUAUCAGCGGACCUCACCAACUUGGCAGCCGUGUUGACGAAACAGGGUGAAUACACGGCGGCUGAGAAACUGUACGAAAGAUCGCUGGCCAUCCAAGAGGCGGCCUUGGGUCCGGAGCACCCAGAUGUUGCGGUGUGGUUCAAUAACCGAGCGGAACUGUUGCACGACCAGGGAAGACAUCGUGCCAGAAAAGCGGCGGAGAACUCGCUGCACGUAAUUGACUGGCUGUAA